AUGACUUAUAAUUAUCAACAACCAAAUCUCGAUCAGGUUCUUCUGCCAAUUCAAAAUAUCAAUCAAUCGGUUCAAAAUUUCGAUCAUACACCACAAAAUCUAAGUUGUGGCCACGUUCACCAACAAAUGCAAAAUUAUGGGCAAUGGAAUCAAAAUAGGAACAACAAUAACAACGUAAUGACGAUGAUUCAAACUUUACAACAGCAGCAGCAACUACUUUAUAAUUCGACCACGUUAUCACCUGAAAUUUAUAAUGAUCACCUAAAUUUAAAUAUUUCUUCAUCCAAUGUUCAUCACAACAACGAUGACCCUUUAAUUUCAAGGAUUUCUGAUCGUCUGUUGAUGAUUAAAGACAGUGUUAUGACGAUGAAUCAACA